CUCAACAACCGUGUCUCUCUGCCACUGUACCACGUCACUUUUACAGAACAAUAACUGAAGCGCCACCGUGGUCUGUACAACGUGUAGCACCUUUCUGAACAACGUGUACCAUCUUUCGCCUCUGAAGUGCAUGGUCUUUAUAUACACGCACACAUGCACGUAUGUAUAUAAAGGCUGUUAACCUGUACUGGACCUUCGCUGUGUGUAUGGCCGUAUUUAAACACCAAGUUCCUGAGUGCGAAGAGUGAAGACCUGAUACCCUUGGAGUCAUGGCGAUGAGAUGGAUGUUGAUUGCUGUCCUAGCUAUAUGGGCUGUAGUGGCAGACGAAGCACCUACAGGAGAGGACCCGAUAGUCGACCCAAAUAGCCCUGAUUACAGAGAUGGUGUAAAGCACUUCGCCGAGCACUUCUCUGACGAUAUCGCCCACAAAUACUCGCGCGAAUUUAACACUGUGGAGUACCCUGAUGAUGACGAAGAUUAUGACGAAGAGGACGAGGACUAUGAGGAGGAGGACGAGGAAGAUGAAGAUGAUGAUGAAGAUGAUGAUGAUGAUGGCGAGGGCGGAUGCGGCGGAGGUGACGACGACGAUGACGAAGACUACUAUGAUGAAGACUACGACGACGACCGAAAUCCCGUCGAGAAAGUCAUCGACAUGUAUUUUCUCGUGAAGGGAGGUGGUCAUCCCGUGGUUGGAAAACUUCUCCCUCGUUCGAAGCAGCGAGAGCGUUCCGAACCCCAGCUCGAGCUCAUCCCCGAUACCCUUAGGACACAAUUGUUUAUAUAUGUUGUUUUCUUGCAUGAGUGUGAUUCUGAGUGUGUUUUCCAUUGUGUUGUUUGGCCGACAUAUCUUUUCACUGUUAAGCUCACACCUCAUCCACGAGGCGAAUUUUCCUUAUUACAUAUUGUUGAUUUCUUUAUUUGUUAUAUCGUUCGUAAUUUCUAGUUCCGUUCAUUUAUAUUUUACUCUGAAUUUAAUAGUCAGUGGUCUGUAAAAACAAGGACUUUCAUAAGUCUUCCUGCGUAUCUAUACUUAAAGGAAGUUCUCCGCCUACUGCAUGUCUGAUAAAAAGACCGAGGAAGGUGGAGAGCGGACGUAGCAACUAUUGAUAAAAGAGGAAGAAGGAGGAAAGGUGAUCUAUACCUGUACUGCAGUUCAUUCUUACCUCUUUUUCUUUUAUCGAUAGGCCAGCUUGUGUUGUGUGCUUGUUUGUCCCUUAAUCCUAUCAAAGAAGCCGGUUUUGGUUCCUACGGUAUAUGUUUAAGUGUGAAAGUGCUGUUAGUAGAAACCGAAACAAACAGUAAGUUUAGCAAUCACAUAUUGAGCAGAUGGACACAGUAAGGAAAAUGUACACUUAGAAAACAUUUUCAAAUUACAGGUUUGAACAGAUGUUUAUAUGUUAUCAGACUGGAUGCGGGAGUAUUUGUGAGAAAUAAACGUGUUAGUAUGUGUAUGUGUAGAGAUGCAUAUUACUUUAUAUUCAUAUGUGGAGUCUUAUAAAUAUAAUAAUGCAACACUGUUAUCCAGCUUUUUAAAGCUUCCUGUUAACGUGAAAAUAGACGCUUGCCAAACUGUACAUAAUCGCACAGAGUAAAAUGUUUUUUUCUUGA